UUGGACAAAUGAUCCUAGAACAGGAAGAGGGUGGAUUUGAGCCAGAAGAGGACACGGUGGCAAACUUCACUGCCACCUCCUUUAGUGUCCCCUCAGCUUGUGAAGAAGCUUCCAGUGGCUCAGAGUCAGUCACCGAGCUACUAGGCGCAGAAGAAGCCUCUGAUAGCGCCAUGCCCAGAUCUCUGGAAAACUUCAAUCUGGGAAAAGUAUUGGGUGAAGGCACCUUUGGAAAGGUGUUCCUGGCAGAGUACAAGGACACAAAACAACUGUGUGCCAUAAAGACCCUCAAGAAAGAGAGGAUUAUUGCCAAGAAUGAUAUCAAGAGUGUUUUCAAGGAGAAGCGAAUCCUUCAGAAGGUUACCAGCGCAGAGCACCCAUUCCUGGUUUCCUUAUACACCACAUUCCAGAGUGAGAAUCACCUCUUUUUUGUAAUGGAAUAUCUCCCUGGAGGUGAUCUGUGCCAUCUGCUCGAGCAUCAAGGAGCAUUUGAGGAAUCAAAAGCCAUGUUUUACACUGCCUGUGUAGUCCUCGGCCUGGAGGAAUUGCACCGCAACAAUAUUGUUCAUAGGUAAGUGUUACAGCUCUUAUAGCACUGUACAAAUUAUAUAAUUAAAUAUAAAAUUUUAAAAAUGGUGUGAUUUAUCUAAUAUAUCUGUCUUCCCUCACUAUGGUGUCUACUAUUUAACAAUGUUCCUAUUUUUUUCAAAUUCAGAGAUCUGAAACUGGAAAAUCUAAUGGUGGAUGUACAUGGCUAUCUGAAAAUCGUGGAUUUUGGCCUGAGCAAAGAUGGUUUCAGAUAUGGAGAUCGCAGUAAGACCCGGUGCGGAACAAACUGCUACAUGGCCCCAGAGAUCAUUGAUGAGAUGGCAUACAGCAGGGCCGUUGACUGGUGGGCCCUUGGGGUUGUGUUAUAUGUCAUGCUCAUGUUCCAGUUCCCAUUUGAUGCAGAAGAUGACAUGGAAUUAUUUGAGAGCAUCAGGAACGACAAACCUGCCCUGACAGAGGAAUUGUCUGAGGAAGCUCAGUGCCUAAUACUAAGAGUAAGUGGAUGAUGAUUUGGCUGUGGGACUGGGAUGGGGCCUGAUGGUUCUGUCAAUUUAACAAUGAUUUUACAUUUAUUGUAGUUACUGGAGAAGAAUCCAUGUGAUCGCCUCGGAUCCAGCGAGGCCGGUGCUGAAGAGGUUAAAGCCCAUGAAUUCUUUGAAGUAAGUUUAUAUUGUAAUUAUUGUGCAUUAAAUCAGGAAUACAGUAGGAUCUCUAAUGAGCACAGCCCUUUAUACCUCCUGUAUCUGUCAGUGUUUGUAUGUAAUCUGUAUGUUUCAUGUGUGUAGCUAUUUAAUAUCACCAAUUUUACAGGAUAUUGAUUGGGAAGAAUUUCUUGAAAGAGAACAGAUGCCUCCAUUUAAACCAGAUGUCAGUGGGCUUACAGAGAGUACCAGGCAAUCUGAAUGCCAAGCCUGGGGAUUAAUGCCACCAGCUGAAGCGAUAUCACCAGAGGCACAAGAGCUAUUUGAAGGAUUUGACUAUUCAGCUGAGUGAGAGGCAAUUGCAAGGGGCAGAUAUAUGGCUGGAAAGGGCGGGUGGUGGGCCAGUCCAUAUACAAAAUCAGAAGCCUCAAUGACUUAAAGUUAAUAUCAGAUGCCCCAAGUCAUCCGUUUCUGAAGGAACAGUCUAAUGGUGGCGCCAAAGUAUCUGUACGUCAGCCCUGAAGAGCAGAGUUCUGGACUGAGUUUCAAAAGAGGCCCUGGCAUUUGAAGUACAGAGAUCCGAACAGCCCCUUGUGGCAUUUGCCAGAAUCUACAGAUUGCCACUCUGGGCCUGCCCCAGGUACACAUGAGAAGCCUCAUUGGUACAAAAUGGAUAUCAGAUUCCCCGACAUCAAGUUGUGGAGGAACAGCCUAAUGGUGGAACAACAGUACCUGCAG